GUUCCCAGUUGUUUUGAAUGCGGCAUUAGACCUGACCUGGCGUCACGUUGCUGAUUACGUCAUCCACCAGCGACAGACGCUUCUGUGCGACAUUUGUUUACAGCACACGAUGGCGUCGGUGGAUUUGAGAGACAACAACCUCCUGGGGAUAUCGUGGGUUGAUAGUGGCUGGGUGCCCAUCCUCAACCCUGGCAACGUACUGGACUAUUUCUCCGAGAGGAGUAAUCCGUUCUACGACCGCACCUGUAACAACGAGGUGGUGAAGAUGCAGCGGCUCACUCUGGAACAUCUCAAUCAGAUGGUUGGAGUGGAGUACAUUCUCCUUCAUGCCCAGGAGCCAAUCCUCUACAUCAUCAGGAAACAGCAGAGACAGUCUCCCACUCAGGUCAUCCCCUUGUCUGACUACUACAUUAUAGCUGGAGUGGUGUAUCAGGCUCCUGAUCUGGGAACAGUUAUUGGAUCGAGAGUGCUGUCUGCUGUCCACGGUGUCCAGUCUGCCUUCGAUGAGGCCAUGUCGUACUGUCGCUAUCACCCAUCUAAAGGAUACUGGUGGCACUUCAAAGACCAGGAGGAGAGAGAUGCCAAAGCCAAGCCGAAGUCGAAGAAGAAAGAGGAACCCAGUUCCCUGUUCCAGAGGCAACGUGUUGACACACUUCUACUCGAUUUGAGGUCCAAGUUUCCUCCGAUGUUUUAUCAGCCUAAGCCUGGUGAGAAGCCCAUCCCAGUAGAGGUGAAGAAGGAGACUGAACCCCCUGUAGAGCUGGUGAAACAGGAAGAGAGAGAGAGAGAGCCAGCCACCAAGACCUCUGCUCCAGCUCCCCCUAGCAGCAAACCACCUCCAGAGAAACGGGCCAGGCUACAGUGAUGACCGAUGGCCACACCUGUAUAUAUUUCUGAUUAUGUCCAUCCUUCAAAGAAAAUAAUGAGAAGAAAAAAAACUCACAUUGCUCUUGCCAGUAUCACCUUUUGUUAAUUCUAGCAAGGCACACUGAAAGGACAUAUGGUACAACCCUAUCUGACUGAACAAUGCUAAGGAAGUGGUUUGUGUCUGAUGGAAGGUGUGUGGAAAUGGACAGACAUCCCAGUUUCCAGACCAUAACAACCCAUCAUCCUGUUUCUGAAGGGCUUGGAAUGGCAUUAGGCAAAUGAAUAGUCACAAAUGGCACCCUAUUCCCUACAUAGUGCACUACCUUUGACCAGGGCCCUAAUAGGCCCUAGUCAAAAGUAGUGCACUAUAUAGGGAAUAGGAUGCCAUUUGGGAUGCUGGCAUGAGCAGACGAUAUGAGUUGUCUGUCCCAGUACCAGACCUCAUGGGACAUUCCAUCCAUGUUCUAGAACUGUCUAGUUACUGACAACAUGUACAUCUUACUAUCGCCCCACGACUUGAUGACGCUAGAGGUGAGAGGUUAUUAAGGACCCGAGUGGAUUUACAAUUUUCAGUUUUUUUUGUUGAGGGUAACAUGGAAACUGAGAUCACCGGUAAAUCUCUAUGCACUGUUGACAUCAGCAGUAUCUUACUCAGUCGUGACUGUGGGGAGACGUGUUUUUUUGGGGGCGUUAUCUCUGAAACAUAAAUACACAUCCACACAAUACAUUUUUUCAAUAUGUAAUUGUUUUUUUCCCACGUCAAGUGAUCCUGAAUCCAUUGUCUGUUUUCAUAAAAAAAAAAAAAUGUUUCAUGCUUUUCUGAAUAUAAUCAUUUUCAAAAAUUC